GUCAGGUACACCUGCAUUUUAAAGAUAUAUUCCGGGUGCCUAAUUGUGUACAACAAUGUGAGUAGUAUUGAUAUCACUCAUGGGUUUUUCUUCAUAUCUCUUGUCUUCAGUAUAUAUGUGAAAUAUGUCAGAGAAACAUCUCAAGUUAACUAUAGUUUUUGUCGCCGUGUUGGUGCCGAUUCCUUGGUGUUCCAUCCAGUUUAGACCAGCUAUCAGCAUGUGAUUUGUGUCUCUACAGUCGACAGAAAAGACUUACUUACCCUCCGUACAUACACUGUGGAAUCCGGUUAGAAUAGAAAAGAAAAGAAAUUACCUUUGCAAGUGGAGUAGAACCGCAACUGUGCUUUAGUUAGUUGUGUCGACACGUUAUCGCAUUCAAUUGGGCAUUAGAAGUUCAUGUGACUUUCCUAUUAAUAACACCAAUUAAUUCAUUAUAAAAAUAUGGGCUUGUAUAUACAACUGUAUUGAUCUUUGAAACUCUUGGUUGGCAUUUUGUCCCAGCGUCAGUCCGUAAAUCGGAAAUUGGUGCUAUCAGCUUUUUUGCAAAAUAUUAUCUAGUUGUUCACACUGCACAGUAGAAUAUCAAUGUUUCACAUUUUCUUGGAAUGAUCGUUGGUAAAAAGAGUAUAUAACGUGUUAAUACCUUUUCUACGUUUGAGCAUGUGUUUUUCGAUUUUUAUGUACGUUGUACAUAGGCUAAAUAGUUAUUAUGCGUCUACUGAUUCUUGAAGAUCCUGAAGAAGUUGCAGUAUGGGCUGCUAAAUACGUAAUGAAAAAGAUAACUGACUUCAGGCCAUCUGAAUCGAAAUACUUUGUUCUUGGUCUUCCAACCGGUUCAACUCCUUUGGGUAUGUACAAGCGGUUAAUUGAAUUUCACCAUGAUGGCAAACUUAGUUUUCGGUAUGUGAAAACCUUCAAUAUGGACGAGUAUUUGGGAUUGUCUCACGAUCAUCCACAAUCUUACCAUUACUACAUGUAUCAUAAUUUUUUCAAACAUAUAGAUAUAGAUCCAAAAAAUGUGCAUAUACUCAAUGGAACAACUAAUGAUCCAGAGGCCGAAUGCGAAAUGUUUGAAAUGGAGAUAAAGAAAGCUGGAGGUAUUCACUUGUUUGUUGGUGGAAUAGGCCCGGAUGGUCAUAUCGCCUUUAACGAGCCAGGUUCUAGCCUAGUAUCUCGCACACGUGUCAAAACACUGGCAAAGGAGACUAUUGUAGCUAAUGCUAGAUUUUUUGGAGAUAACAUGUCUCAGGUUCCUGAGCGUUGCUUGACAGUGGGAGUUGGAACGGUAAUGGAUGCUAAUGAGGUUAUGAUUCUAGUCACUGGGACUUCUAAAGCAUUAGCAUUGCAGAAAGCAAUCGAAGAGGGAGUGAAUCAUAUGUGGACAGUAUCUGCUUUUCAGCAUCAUAAGAAAGCUAUAUUUGUUGUUGAUGAAGAUGCGACAAUGGAACUCCGCACAAAACUGUUCGUUAUUUUAAAGACCUAG